AUGAUCGCCGUCUGUUUGUUCUCCGUCAUCGAACUCAAAAGUUUCCGUAGCGUCUGCCGUUCUUGGCGCUCCUCCGCUUUCGACAAUCCUUUCCGGAGCCGACCUCUCAUCGAGCUCAAACUCCUCGACCCAACUGAAAAUGCCUCCCAACAAGGAAACGCGUUCCUCUCAGGUGCCGCCUUCUUCCGCGUCACUCCCUCCUCCUCGCCGAACCAAGGGUGGCUGAUCAAAUCCGACACCGAUCUCAACUCGGGGAAAUUUCGUCUUCUCGACCAUUUCUCGCGCAUCCCUUUGAAACACAGGUGCAAGAGCAUCAAUCUCUUGCGUUUCAAUGUCUCCGAGAUUCAAGAAGCCUACGUGGUUCACGACAGGCGCAUGGACGAACCAGAUCCCGGAUUCAAAAGAGUGGUUCUUGCCACCGUCCAAGGAGGAGAUCAUGCUUUGGGAGUCGGCUGGGACGGGAGGAUCAGGUUUUGGAGUGGUCGAAUCUGGACCAUACUCAAAGACCAGCUUGCUGAGUUCACCGACGUUGUAAUCCACGGAGGGCUAACUUACGCCUUGGCUUCGGAUGGGUCAAAACUUAAGCUUCGUGCAACAUGGUGGAGAUACGAGGGUGAUACCUUGGAUCCUAAUGUUUUUUAUGUUUGUGCUAUCGACGAUGAUGGGAACCAGAUAGGCGAAACAUCUCCCAAAACGAUCGGUUUCAAGGUUUACAAGAUGGAUGAGGAAAUGGGGAAAUGGGUUGAGGUUAAGUCAUUGGGAGACGACGCCUUUGUGAUGGCUACCGAUACUUGUUUCUCGGUUUCGGCCGGUGAGUUCCAUGGAUGUUUAAAAAAUGCAAUCUACUUCGCUGACAAGGAAUGUAAGAUCAGGGUGUUCAAACUUGAAGAUGCUAGUAUCACAAGGGCCACCAGUACCGAGCAGAACUGUUUCAAAAUGUUUGCUCCAAGCUUUUUCUGA